AUGCGAUUGCCUAGACUUACUUCAAGAGGCUAUAAUCAGGUUUCUACUACGGAAGGGGAACCAUCUACCAAUAAUUUACCAUCGGCUGCGAUAGAUGAUGGCUUAGAAUUACCGUUGGAACCACCGUCUUAUGACGCCUUAGAACAACAACCUCUUAUGGAGGAAAUGGGUAUAGAAGAGCCUAUCGUUGAAGGGAUGCCGAUAUACAAGAAGAUGCAUCUGUUUUUCUCGAAUUUUAGAGGCGAUUUCAUAUUACCAGUAAGACGAAGAGUUGUCGAUCCAUUAGUACAUUUAAUCAAUAUUUCAAAUGAGAAGAUAGAUUUUUACAUUGCUAAAAUUGGUAAUCCAUUGAUUCUAAGAAGAUUUCUUUACAUUUUUCUCAUGACAGGUAUUGCAUUUUUUGUCAUGUCAAGUGGAUUUCUUCCUGUUGAUGAGGCUUCUGGUUCCAGAGGGAUGUUCACCAAUCACAACGUAUUGCUAGAAUACGCUAGGAGGUCUAUUGAUUUGUCAAAAUUAGAGCGAGAUUUAGAGUAUAUCAGUAGUAUGCCACAUAUGUCUGGUACAAAAGGUGAUGCCGCAGUAAGACACUAUAUCCUAGAAUCUCUGAAUAACAAUAAUCUAAAAUUGGUGAAGGAGUUUGAAUACAGUACUUACUCUAACUAUCCUGGUGAAUCAAGUCUUACUAUCCUCAAAGAGGAAGGUGAUGAUGUAGUAAUUGAACUAAAUUCAAAUAAUUUCAACUCUUUGGGCGCAAAUGGUUAUUUGGAAAAUGUGAAUCUAAUAUAUGGUAAUGAGGGCACUAUCGAUGAUUUAGAAAGCUUGCAAAGGGCAGGUUUAUUGAAUGACGAUUACGUUCUUCUUAUAAAUUACUCAGGUUUGGUAAGUGAACAGAUAAUGACUGUCCAAAAAUUCAAAGCAAAAGGUGUCAUUUUCAUUUCAGACAAAUUUGAUGGUAAUGGCGAUGUUGUCCAAAUGAAACCAGUUGCCAUUCCGCAGUAUGGUGCUGGUGAUAUUCUAACGCCUGGUUGGCACGGUCCUAUUAUCGAUGGCAUCGAUCCAAACGAUUCUAACAGUAUUCCUCAUAUCCCAACUUUACCUUUAUCGUUUAAUCAAGGACAGAAGAUUUUAGACUCUUUAAGUAAAGACGGGGUUCAAUUUAAGAAUGGAUUAUAUAGCGGUAAGUUGUACGAUGUUAGUGUUCGUCUAAAAGUUGAAAAUACGAUAAGAGAACAUCAAUUAGUUCAGGAUAUCAUCGGUAAGAUAGAUGGUAGGGAACAAAACGAUAAGGCAAUAAUUAUAGCAGCCUCAAGAACAUCGAUGAGUAAUGGCGCUAUAUAUCCAAGUUUUGGUACUGCACUUUUGUUGUCUUUGAUACAAUUAUUUCAAGAAAUGAAGUACAAGUAUGAUUGGAAGCCAUUGAGAAAUAUCUACUUCAUUUCUUAUGGAGGUACCGAAUUUAAUUAUGCUGGCUCUACUGAGUUGAUGGAAGAGCGUCUUGCAGCAUUGAAAGAUGAAGUUUAUACACAUAUUGAUAUUAGUCAAUUGGGUAUUUGGAAUACAGAUAAAAAGCUAAAUAUUCAAACUCAUCCUUUAUUGAAUAAAUUUUUUAGGGAUGAGGAGACCAAGAUGGGAUUCGAUAUAUCGGUGGAAGAAGUCCAUCAAUUUGGAGAUUGGAUUUCAUCAUUGGCCAACGGUAUACCUGUAUCAGUUAUUUCAUCGCCAGAUGUCCUCAAUAGAGUAUUGCCUAUCGAUACCUUUGAAGAUACUUUUGAAAAUAUUAAGCCAAUCAUUAGAAAUCCGGAAAAUGAUGACAUAGCGGUAGACUUAUUCCUAUACCUAUUUCAGACUUUUUUGAAAAUAGUUGAUAAUCCCUUGAUACCCUUCGAUCUUGAAGAUUCGAUCUCAAUAACUAGAAAGCUUAUCAAAGAUUUCGAAGAAAGUACUGAUAAUAAAUUAGACUUUUCAAAUAUGGCACAUGGCCUAGAUUUGUGGCAAAAGAUUGGAUCUGAAUGGGCCGGUUGGGUCAGGGCAUGGGAGCAUUUAGUCUACUCAAAUGAGGAAGGGAUAGAACCUUCUUUGAUAUCGGUACAUAGAUGGACAUGGAAUAGAAAACUGUCAAAUAUAGGGAGAAGGCAGUGUGCAUCAACUGGUUUACCGGAUAGGCCUUUCUACAAGAACGUGUUGUUUUCGCCUUCUCUAUGGACGGAAGGUUCGAAAACUAGUAAAUAUUGGACAUUCCCAGGUGUAUGGGAUGCAUUAUACGGUAAUAAUUGGAAGGCAGCCCAAGAGCAGCUAGAUUUAGUCUCAAAUAUUUUUUCAGAGUCAGCAGAAAUAUUCAUUGAGGAAACCACCGAUGUUGGGCUUUAG